AUGGCACUGCUCGAGAGACAGAUGAGUAGUUGGUGUGGAACCAGGUUGCGUCGGGAACAACCUUUCUCCGGCGGAGAAGUUAACCAACAACCAGUUAUACAUCCCAGUCAACCAACCAACCAACCAGUUGAUCAACCAACCAACCAACCACAUGGUCAGUUGAGGAACCAACCUGGUCAGCUCCUCGGCUCAAACGGCGCAGUUGAUCUCACGCUAGCAGUGCAUUGGGCGGCCCGCGGGUAUCACGCAAUUCGACCACCAACUGACGGCGUUUGCAGCGAGAAUGGCGAAUCGAGCCUUGGAAAUGCGCAGUUUAAACCAAGAACCAAAAAUAAUCGCUGA